AUGGACUUCCUCAAAUCGGCUGUCGCGUCAGCCAUCGCAAAGGGGCCUCCAUUCCCCUAUAACUUUGGCGACAAGGUCGAUUUCGACCCCUCCAUCUGGACCCUUUACAACGGAACUCGACGCGAGGACGGGUCCAACUGUAGCAUCUUCUCCUUUGAUGUCUCCGCCAACCGAUCUGCGCUUCCCUUAGCCAAGAAUGCGCUCAAGAAGCUACGAACACUACGACACCCUGGCGUCAUCAAGGUGUUGGAUACGGUCGAGACAGACUCCUACAUCUACAUUGCCACUGAGCGGCUAGUUCCCCUGAGCUGGCACGUCAAGAGAAAGAGCCUCAGCCCGGAGACUGCGAAAUGGGGUCUUUAUAGCGUAGCGAAAACCCUCAAGUUCAUCAACGGUGACGCAUCCUCGAUACAUGGCAACCUCAAGGUCGCCUCGAUAUACACAUCCGAGAGCGGCGAAUGGAAGAUUGGCGGCUUUGAAGUCCUGAGCAAUGUCAAGGAUGACGAUGCUUUGAUAUACAGAUACGGCAGUGUUGUGCCUGACUCGGGGAGGUACACUCCCCCUGAACUUGCAAACGGCGGAUGGGAUGUCAUCAAGAAGAGCCCUCACCAUGCGGUUGACUCGUACGACUUUGGUAUCUUGAUCUACGAGGUCUUCAACGGCAGUUUUAUGGGUUCCGACCAACUAGGACAGACCAAGAGUAUCCCGCCCAGCAUGCAAGCGAGCUACAAGCGCCUCAUCAACGCCAACCCCAAGGCCAGACUCAGCGCAGCCCACUUCCUCGAACAAGGACUAAGGAAUGGAUCCUUCUUCGACAGCCCAUUGAUCAAACUUACCGAGGGAGUUGACAACCUGGGAAUAAAGUCGGAAACCGAACGCGAGGCCUUCCUGGAGGAUCUCGACCAGCUCUCAGACGACUUCCCGGAAGAUUUCUUCAAGAUGAAGGUCCUACCCGAGCUACUCAAAUCGGUGGAAUUUGGCGGUGGUGGUCCCAAAGCCUUUGGAGUAGUGAUGAAGAUUGCAACAAAGCUGUCCAACGAAGACUUUGACACAAAGGUUACUCCUGUCGUGGUUCGCUUGUUCGGAAACCCCGAUAGAGCGAUCAGGGUUGCGGGUUUCACAGAUGUUGCACCCAUUGUGCGCGAACAAACACUCAAGUCCGUACUAGUCAUCAUCACCAAACUAUCAGACCGUACCAUCAACGGCGACCUCCUCAGAUACCUCGCCAAAACUGCCAACGAUGAACAACCCGGCAUCCGUACCAACACGACAAUCUGUCUCGGCAAGAUUGCCAAGUACCUGGGAACUUCCAGCCGAGCCAAGGUCCUUAUCGCCGCCUUCACUCGCUCUCUCCGCGACCCUUUCGUGCACGCCCGCAACGCCUCCCUGAUGGCUCUCGCCGUAACAGUCGAGUAUUUCUCCAGCGAAGACUGCGCCACACGCCUAAUACCCGCCGUCUCCCCCCUGCUUGUCGACAAGGAGAAGUUGAUCCGUGACCAAGCCAACAAGACCAUGGACGUCUACCUCCAACGUAUCCGCAAAGCCCAACAAGACAUGCCCGAGACCGUAAUACCCCCUGAAACCGCCCAACCCCGUAUGAGCACCCCUCAACCAGCCGAAGCCGCCACCGGCUCCAGCUCCGGGUCCGGCGCCGUAGCAGCCGCCUGGGCAGGCUGGGCCAUCUCCAGCUUCACCAAUAAGCUCUCCAGCGCGGCAGGGGAGAUGCAACCCAACGGUUCUGGUGCACCAUCGCCCGUUCCGAGCGCCAGCGGGCUAUCCACGCCCACAUCCACUACCACUCCCAAACGGCCCACCUCAUCUUCUGUUUCGGCGCUACAUAGACAAGCGCUCAAGUCCCCAUCACCUUCCAUUACUACUACUACUCCGUCAACAGGAGACUCCUUCUUUGCCGAUCCCGAACCACAAGAAGACGAUGCAGACGCUUGGGGCGACAUGGGCGAUAUGGAUGACGACGCUACAGCAGGCGCAGGAGACGAUAACUGGGGCGCGAGCUCGGAACACUCACAACCAGCGUCGUCGUCAGCAAAGAGGUCAGUAAGCAGUAGUAGGAAACAGCCAUUCGGCGGCGGCGGCGGCGGGGUUGUUGAUGAUGAUGGGGAACCUGAUUUCGCGGGGUGGUUGGCGGCGCAAGCGGAGAAGAAGAAGAAUCCUUUGGGGGCAGCUGCUGCACCAAAGACUUUGCCCAAGGGACUGGCGAAGACGGGAAGCGCAAAGGUUGGACCACCAACAAGUACAAGUACGACAGCGGCGGUGAAGAAGACGUUGCCUAUUAGUAAGAAGCCUGCUGCAACGGCGACUGUGAAGAAGAUUGAUACGAAGCCCAAGGUGGAUGUGGAUGGGGAUGAUGGGUGGGGGGAUGGGUGGUAAUCUGGCGGUGUCGAGAGGGGUGGGUGGUGGUUGGAUCAGAGUUGGAGACGGAGGACAGCAUUGAUUGUGUUAAAAUCUAAACUUAGUCUAUAAUGGAUCAAGAUGAAAGCGAACUGGCCCGAGUGGUUGGUUGGGUUAUAUCCAAAUCUACGGAUGAUUGUCUAAAGUUGGGAUCAUAUCUUUGACUCAUCAGAUUAUAUUAACCAGCUUUCAUCCAUCCAUC